AUGAGUGAGGACCUCAAACCGACAUUCCUGAGAGCGGCAAGUGGUGCAUCUACAACACUUGCACCAAGGCAAGUUCCUGAGUAUUUGGUUGUAUCUUCCUACGAUGACCAGAAAAGUGCCUUCAAGCCAGAAAAGGGUGCCAGACCCCUACCACCCUCGCUCAGACAAAUGUUACUUCAGACUGUCACCACUACUAUUGCAUCCGGAACAACAGCUUUGCAAACUUGGUAUUGCAAACUGAUUGAAAUCUUGUGCCAUGUUGACAGAAUGUAUGUUAGAGUAAGGAAAGAGAUCUUUAAGUAUACAGAUGCAUGGAAAUCUCUUAAACUAGGCACCUGUCCUGUUAACAAAGGUACCAAAGACCAUUACUACUUCCUCUACCUUCUGACGGAUAGCUGUGGAUUCAAGACAGAGAAUAAUGCAGAUUUCCGGGUGAUCAGCAAUGUGGCCAACUACCAGCCAAACACUGUGGUUUUAAGAGAUAUGCCAUUUACCAUUCCUGUGUAGUGUACAUUUCCAAGAUUGUUUCACUCUAAAGUUGGCUUCUACCCUGAAGUGAAGGGAGGCACUGUUUUUAAAGAACUCUCACCAAAGAGCAGCUUCACCCUUACUCCUCAAGAUGCAUCUGGCAAUGACAUCACUGUCACCAAAUCUUUACUGUACCUUGGUCAGCAAAUGUACUUUGAGGCCAAGAAACCUGAGCAUGCUGCUGCAUCCACUGGAGCGAUGAGGAUGUACAUCAACACGUGCUUCAUUACUGCUUCUCAAGACUAUACCUCAACACCUAAAUAUACAGUCAUUGACAACUUUGGCUGCAUGAUUGAUAGCAAGGUGUCGCUGCAAUCAAAGUUCAUCACCGGUACUUCAAAGACGUCCCAGAAAUUCGGCAUGACUGCCUUGAUCUUCAAGGACAAGGUUUCCACUUCAUCUGCAUCACAGCAAAUCUACAUGCUCUGUGACAUCUCAAUGGGGGCUGUGACUCCGACUGCAAAGUCAAAGGCUUGCAACUAUGACAAAGCUACCAAGAAGUGGAAGGAGCUGUAUGGUGAUGACUCUGUGAGCAGCUGCUGUGAAACCACCUGCUCCUCUACAAGUCCUAAGACUACCAGGAAUAUGUUCUCCAGUCACUCUUGGAAGGUGGACGUUCACCCCUGGAUGAAGGUCUUGGAUGCUGACACUUUCACUUUGGAGGACCCCAGCAUGGCAGCGCACAAAGACUACCUGCAGCACUGGAACAUGACUAUUAAAACAAAUAUGUGA